CGAGUGUGUCUGUCAUUGACAUAUGGUAGGUUAAAAAUAAAUUCCCUGCUGCGUUUGUCAGAAAAAAUCAAAUAUUAUGUAUAAGUAUAUAUAUAUAAGCAUGUAUUUAUAUUCUCAUGACAAGAUCUGAUGAGCCUGAAAACGUGGGGACUAAAUUAAGAUGUAUAUAAUAAUAUCUCGAAUAUAUUAGUGGUUAAUGGAUAGUUGGUGUGACAACUUCUUCAAAUGAAUCUCACAAAUGAGGUAACACAAUGGAAAUUUAUUGCCAAUUUUAGAAGUUGAGUGAUAAUUAAGUGCCAAAUGUCUAGUGAAAUGACUAUUUUAUACCAAACAAAAAUGCGUAAUGUAGCCAGAGAUGAGAUUGAUCGAAUACCUUCAAAAGACAGAGCAACAUACUGGGAUAUAGUUGGUUUUGUUAUAUCCAUAGCAAGCCACUUAAUUGAUGUGAUUUUUGAUGUUAAUUUGGCUUACAGAUAUUACAUUGCAAGUAAUUUAGGAUACUUUUUUACCACACUAGCCUUUAUUCUUAUACCAGCUUUCAUUAACACUGCCUUCAGCAUUCGAAUGUAUGUAUUAGAUAAUGAGAACAAGAACAGACACCAUACUUUAACCAAGAGAUUUACAAGACAAAGUGUAUGUUAUAUCAUUGUCUUGUUAUUUCAACUGGCACCAGUUUUACGAUAUUUUGAUGCCUUGAAGUAUGCUUGGAAAUCUAAGAAAGCUGAAUUGGCCAAAGAUGCAGAGAAUCAAAGGAAAUAUUAUGAGUUGAUGGUCAAGGAAGAUUCAGAUGUGGCCCUAUUGAGAGUUCUAGAGUGUUUUUUAGAAGCAGCUCCCCAACAGAUACUACAAUUGACAAUCAUAUUUAUUAGUCAUGGAAUGAAUCCAACUGGAACACUUAAUAUAAUCCAUCAGUAUCUUUCAAUUGGAAGUUCAUUUGCUAGCAUGGCUUGGUCUAUGGCAUCUUACCAAAGACUGUUGAGAGUCUCUUUAAAAAAUAAAAAUAACAUUUCUUGGAAGGGCACAAUAGUUCAAUUUCUGUGGCAUUGUCUUGUAACAGUGUCAAGGAUAUUGUGCAUCAGUGUCAUUGCAUCAGUAUAUCCUGUCUACACAAUUCUGGUUAUCAUUGUACAUUGGUUUGUGAUGACUCUGUGGCUGUGCUCAAGUCAGCCAAGCAACUUUUGUGGCCACAACAAGCUGUACGAUUUUCUGUUUUUCACUAUCUUCGGAGCCGUGAAUGUUUUCACCCAUGUGGUUCUAGUGGAUGGUCCAACAUUCUGUAAAUACACAAUAUUCUAUUUAUUGUUGUUUGCAGAAAACACCAUGGCAACCGUAAUUUGGAUUUUAAGCGCGGAUGACGAGUUAAGAAAUACAGAAUAUUUCCAACCAAUUAUUUAUGCAAACGUUAUACCUUAUUUAGUGGGGAUUGCUUUCAUGAUUUUGUAUUACAAAUUCUUUCACCCAACAACAAGUUGCAAACCCCCACCUCCUGAAGUUGCAAAUAGUUAACAUGGAUAGGAAAAUUUUAGGUAAUUUUAAAAUAUGUGAUAGAUUGGGCCUUUAGAAGUACUUAUUCCUUUGGCAAUCUCAUUUAUGUAAUCUACUUUGGAGAGGACAUUAAUUUUUAAAGGGUUUUUUUGUCAUUUGUAUAUUAUAUAUAUAUUUAAAAAAAAAACUUGCAUGGUUGAAGUGUAAAUUUGCGUAUGAAAUGGAUGAAUGUAAUACUUUUUGAAGUUUGUUAGUAUUGUGUAUUGAAUAUUUUUUAUUUGUAGCACAAUUUAAGAUAUACAUAAUGACUUUUGGAAAGAACUAAACUUUUUAAUAAUUGUGGAUAUUAUUUGGUUAACAAAAGUAUCAUUAUCAAGUAUGCUGAAUUUCAUCUAUAUACAUUUUUUAAUGUCUAUUCUGAUUGAAUAAGUAAAUGAGUUGAUUGGCACAUAAAUUGUAUGAUAUUAGUCAGAUGGUAUGGGCAAUUAUUAAUUUGCUAUGCUCUCUAACUAUUAUCAGACAGUUCAUGUGUUACUUGACUCAUUAAAAUAUUUUCUAUGUUGUUGACUUCUGAUUAUAUAAAUUACACCCAAAUAUAAAAUUAUUGUCCUCCUGUUCAUUCGUCAGACAAAAAGUAUAUCAUAGUUAAAAUACUCAGUACGUUUUUGUUUUCCUUAUAUGAAUCUAUUUUUAAUUAUAUUGAAAAACUACUUUCUGUUACCAUGAAAGCUAUUUAUUUGUACUUUUAAGAAAUUGGUACAUGACAAUAAUUUUUUUUCAUAUUCUCUUAUUUAUCUAAAUAAGUAAGCACAUAUGGAUUGUUUUAGGUACCAUAAAUUCUGUUAGUAUCGAAUUCAGUGAAACUAAAAUUUUAUUUUAUAAAUUUGUACUAGUUUUUAUUUAAAAAAUGCCAUUAAAAACUUGUAUAUAAUUACAAAUGUUUACAUCGAUUUUAUUCAUAAAGUAACUGAGAAACUUACUUCAAUUUAAUUUAUUUAUUUAGAAAACGUUUUCUCUUAAAUGUUCUGAAUCUCAAGCGAAUAAUUAUUACCUUUUUAACUAUCAUGAACACUACCAAAAGAUAUAAAAGGCUGUUUGGUGUCUUAAAUAUACAAUUUUGUAUGUGAAUUUUUCUAUAAUUAUACAAUAUCCAAAAAUAAAUGUACUCAAAAAUAUCAGUGCUUAAAAUCUCAACAAAUACGAGAUCUGUAUGCAAAUAUGUUGGUUGAUAUUUUAAGCAGUUCUAAAUAGUGCAAUAAUGUGAUAUUCCUUUUAUGUAAAUCAAAAUUUCAAUGACCGUUUUUAUGAAAAAACCCACAUGUUCUUUUUGUGGAUCAAAUUUAGAGUUAGUCAUUGCAAUUUUGAAUAUAUUCCUGAACAUGUUUCCCAUGAUAUUAUAUUACAAUUCAUUAAUUAAUUUAUUUAAAAGUGAUUAAAAUAUUCAUUCAAAUAGUUAGGUAGCAAAUAUUUAUUUAUUGUAAUUAUUAAUUUUACCUGGUGAUAACAUAAUUUAAAUAUUUAUCAAGAAUUGUUGAAGACUGACAUAUGAAAUUCAGUUAUCUAAAUGACAAUAGUAACUGCAUAAUUAUAUGCAAAUCGUCAUAGGCUAUCAUUAUAUAAAUCAUGUUCAUUUUCAAUUAUAAAUUUGUUUUCCUUAACUAUGCUUUAAAUUGAAAUUGUAUUACAGAUUGUGUAGAAAUCUCAUAAACCCUUUGUAAAACCAACGUACUUCCUAGUCUUUUUGAUCUAAAAUAUUAUGCUCAAAAUUAAUGUAAUGUCCUAUGAUAUACAAAAUUUUUAAAUAAAUUUUAAUACUAA